AUGAAAAGUACACCCAGUCUUCAACAGCUCAUCACUGGGGCUCAAAAUGACCGUGAAAUUCCGACCAAAAGGAAUCGCAAGAAGGAAGAAGAAAUAACAACCAGUCCCACAAGUGAUACAGUUUUCUGUGAUGGCAGAAGACAUGCGAGUUUGUAUAGUCUCAACAGCACUUGCACUGAGUCUGGCAGUUUUGGCAAGGCCGACGUCACAGGAGAAAUAGAGUUUGCCAUAAGAUACGUCUUCAAAGCUUGCAUCUUAGAAAUUUGCAUCAAGGGAUGCAAGAACCUGGCUUACGGAGAAGACAAGAAGAAAAAAUGUAACCCGUAUGUUAAGGUUUAUUUACUUCCUGGUAAAUCUCCUCGGAGUAAGCGGAAGACAGCAGUCAAAAAGAACACAGUGGAUCCUGAAUUCAACGAGACUUUGAAGUACAAGAUUGAAUACUCACAGCUGGGAAGUCGGCAGCUUCAGAUAUCUGUGUGGCAUGCAGGAGCACUCAAAUACAGGGUGUUUUUGGGGGAAGUGGUGAUUCCACUGGCAGCAUGGGAUUUUGAAGAUUACUCCAUGCAGUUGUUCAACUGGUACCAGCUCAAACCCAAGCUUGAAAAGUCUGAAGAUGAUCUUAUCCAGUACAGUGGCGAACUCCUCGUGUCUGCAAGACUGUCAGUACCAGCCCAGCAUAAAAAUUUCCAGUUUGAAGGAAAAAAAGACCAAGGAGCUCCCAACUGCCAGCUUCAGGUUAUGAUAUUUGGGGCCAAGAACUUGCCCUUGCUGAGACCUGCUGGAAUGCUGAACUCGUUUGUGAAAGGUUGCCUUAUCCUUCCAGACCAAGCAGAGGUAAAGCGGGAGUCUCCUGUGCUGAAGAAAGAAGCCUGUCCCCAGUGGAGACACUUGUUUGUCUUCGAUGGUGUUACCCCAGCUCAGCUACAGCAGUCAUGUCUACACUUGACCGUCUGGGACCAGGCAACGUUCAGCUCAAGCGAUCACUUCCUAGGAGGAGCCAAGCUUGGUGCAAAGGAAUCGUUUGGCUCUACAGACCUUGCUUCUCCAUCAGUGCUCCAGUGGCAGGAAGUGCUUCACCGCCCCAACACUUGGAUGGACUUCACGCUUGUACUGCAUUCAAAUAAGGAAAACUUUAAAUCGUGA